AUGAUGUUUCUUCUGGUUGUUUUCUUAUUUCUUGUGCUGAUCGGGCUGGCUAUGCUCAAGACUAUUACACAAGCCAGCAUAUCGCCGUUACUACACAUACCAGAAGCCGGCUGGGGAGCAGCUUAUUCACGGUUGAUAUGGGCUUUUCGCGAAGAAUUUCGAGGCAACAUCACUAUCAAGCUCCCGAAGCUCCAUGAACAGUUAGGUGAUUCUGAUUGCUCAUUAUCCUACUUUAAUGAAGGUAGAGAUCCGGAGGAACAUUCCAAACGACGAAGAAUACUUGGCCGACUGUACAGCCGCAGCCAAAUGGUUAAUCUCGAGGCACUCAUGCUUCAGCACGUAAACCAUUUCGUUCAAGCGAUGCAUCAAAGAUCUGUCGCUUUUGAUAUUGGUCCAGCAUGCCGAGCACUGGAGGCUGACAUCAUCUCGGAAUUUUCAUUUGGAGAAGCAUUGAAUGCCAUCAGUGCCUGGUCAAAUGAAGAAGAGCUGGCAAUCGUAUCCAAAAACGACAAGAAGGCAACUCUGAUGCCGUUACUUAUGAACUUCCCUCUCAUUUACGAGUUAUGGGGCUCCAUAGAGGCCGUUUUAUGUCGAAUGACGAGCUCGAAAGUUUCUUAUCAACAAGGGCUUGACAUGUAUGACAAAUGGACACACACUGCCUGGACCCGUAACAAGCUUGUUGAAAAUACAAGCAAUUCUCAAUUUCCGAAUCUAAUCAGGGUUAUGGUGGCAGCAGGUGUCCCUUCACAGACUGCGUUAUCAGAAGCCAAAGAGAACCUAGGCCCAGGUACUGACACAACGUCAGCUUCGUUAGCACACAUUCUUUAUGCGCUCUCACGCAACCCAUCUUUUCAACAAAAAUUAUAUCAGGAUCUUUCAAAACUGCAAUUCCCUACCGACAUGAACUCGCUGGAGAAAAUCCCUCGAUUGAAGGCCUGCGUGAAGGAAGGGAUUCGUUGGGCUGGUGCUGCGGCUGCCAUGCUGCCUCGUGUUGUUCCUAAGGGUGGCGUGGAAUUAUGUGGCAAGUUCAUUCCAGAAAAUACUGUGUUAACCUCGUCGCCGAUAUGGUAUCUGCGAGAUAAGGAUGCGUUCCCCGAUCCUGAGCUAUUUGACCCUUACCGCUGGAUAGAUGAGAGUGGGACAUUAAUGAAAGAAGACGACCUUAGGGAUAAGUUCUAUAUCCCUUUUUCCAAAGGUGCCAACGUCUGCAUAGGUCUACACUUUUCUUACUAUGAACUGUACCUCAGUUUAGCAAAGAUAAUUGAGAGCUUUGAGCUCGUGGAUGAUAAUUGCGUAACAGGCCAGGUAUAUGGCCAUGACUGGAGCCCAGUACAGCUCCCAAAGCGAAAGGAAUGGGUUGCUGCAGUGCCAACAGAUGCACUACUUGUCAGAGUGUUCCCGAGAAGACGGGUUGCUUGA